GUGUGAAUAGCCAAAGUAACUCAAAUCUGAUUGGUUAUGCCUUCACAUCUUUCACCUUCAGUUCAUGGUAUGGCCAUGAGCUAUACCUUGAAGACAUCUACCUAGAGAAAGAGCACCAGGGAAAAGGCAUAGGAGCACGGCUGUUUGAUGCAGUGGUUGAGAUUGCAGUAAAAAAUAAUUGCACGACAAUGAAUUUCCUAGUGGUAGAUGGGAAUCCAGUGAAUGAGUUCUACAUGAGACGAGGUGCCGUGGACCAGACAAUUGAAAACAAAUUCCAUUACUGCUCUAUAAGAUCUGAACAAUUGAAAAAAUUAUAUCAGAAUCAUUUGAGUAAUACGGAAAGUUCUGUUGAUAAAUAAUAAAAUAAUGAUAGUAAAAAGUGGA